AUGCUAUCCCUCACCAUCUGGGUCGCUGCCCUCGCAGUAGCGGCGGAGGCACAAGAAGUGUAUAUCACCAAGACUGGUAACUCUGCUCGGCCUCAAUGCACUGGCACGCUUGCUUCGCCAAGUUUCCAUUUUCAGCCCUUCUCAUACACCCUCAAAGAGACGAUCAGAUAUGCAACAUCAAUCCCCUCACCAACAACUACGAGAACCUUCGCUCCUGCCUAUUCAAAAGCAGCCAAAUUGCUUAAGACAAGCUUUUCCACGUCAACUUGGGGAAGUUGGCUUCCUGGGCAGACCGAGAUCAGUGCUACCGAUACCUUCGAUCCCUAUGGGCAAGCAGCUUGGUCAUCAAUGUGGUUACAAGCUGAUCUCCAGAAUUAUACCACAACGGGUCUUCUUUCUACUACAGUUCACCCAACCCCAAUACCAACCAGCGAACUUGUCCUUCCACCAGCUGACUACUUUGGCCCCACCGAUUGCUAUGAUUUUCCAGACGAUUUUGUUUUUGGCGUGGCUGGCAGUGCUGCCCAAAUUGAGGGUGCAAUCGCUCUCGAUGGCCGCUCUCCUUCUCUACUCGAGAAGCUCAUCACGGGCGAUAAGCCAAGAGAUUACGUCACCAAUGAAAACUAUUUCCUGUACAAGCAGGACAUCCAAAGAAUGGCGGCCAUGGGCGUGGAAUACUAUAGUUUCACCAUUCCAUGGACACGGAUUUUGCCCUUUGUCUUGCCCGGCACCCCUGUCAAUCAGCAAGCCAUUGAUCAUUACAAUGAUGUGAUCAAGACUGUUCUCGAUGCGGGCAUGCAGCCCGUUGUGACAAUGCUUCACUUUGACAGUCCAUUGAUGUUUGUCGCCAGCGACAACAUAACGAGACACCCGGACAUCGGGUAUAACAAUGCUGGCUAUCAAAAUGAAACUUUUGUCGAUGCUUUCGUGAAUUAUGGCAGGGUCCUUCUAACCCAUUUUGCGGACCGAGUCCCAAUCUGGGUCACCUUCAACGAGCCACUCCUCUAUGCGUUUAAUUUCCAGGGUGUUGACAAUGUUGUCCACGCCCACUCCCAAGUCUAUCACUUUUACCACGAUGAACUUAAAGGCACCGGAAAAAUGGGUCUGAAAUUCAAUGAUAACUUCGGCGUGCCCAAGGAUCCAAAAAAUGCCAGCCAUGUUCAAGCCGCCAAUCGAUUCCAGGAAAUGCAACUUGGAUUCUUCGCUGAUCCUAUCUUCCUUGGGAAACAAUAUCCGGAUUCCGUGUUGAAGACUCUCCCAGGCGCCAGGCGACUCAAUGACACGGAGCUGACGUAUAUAAAAAAGACAGCCGACUUCUUCGGCAUUGACGCUUACACUGCUACAGUGGUAUCUCCUGCCGGUGAAGGAAUUGAUGCGUGUGCUUCCAAUCCCUCUAGCUCCAAUUGGCUGUUUCCAUAUUGUGUUAACCAAGAAACCACAAACAUCUACGGAUGGAACAUCGGAUACCGGUCAGAGUCCUAUGUGUACAUCACACCUACCUAUCUCCGAGAGUUCCUUUUCGAUAUUUACAAUAAAUGGAAACACCCCAUCAUCGUAUCUGAAUUCGGUUUCCCUGUGUACGGCGAGGCCACCAAAGACCUACCAGAUCAGCUGUUUGAUUCUCCUCGCAGCCAAUAUUACCUCUCCUUUAUGUCCGAGGUGUUGAAAUCGGUCUAUGAAGACGGGGUUGAAGUCAUUGGUGCCUUGGCUUGGAGUUUUGCUGACAAUUGGGAAUUUGGGGACUAUUCUCAGCAGUUUGGCAUGCAGGUGGUGAAUAGAACCACCCAGAAGCGACAUUACAAGAAGAGCUUCUUCGAUCUGGUGGAUUUUGUCAAGACUCGACAGAAUUCGGAUUGA